AAACACUAUUAUAGUGGCUCACAAUAUAGGAACGACUAAGGUUGUACGCUAAAAUAUUAAAUUGCCGGUUUUAGUGACUCAUGGACGUUUCUGUGCGCAGUUUAUAUUAUAUGUUCUUCCAGCAGACAUCAGCACAUUGCACGCUGAGAUGAGUUUGAUUGAGUAUUUUCAAUAAUAAUAUGAUAUAGUGACAAAAAUCGAACCGUGCUCGUGUACAGUAUCAAUGUGGAUUCGCAAAUGUCAAUAAAAUAAUUAACAAUAACAUGAUAAACGCACAACCAAAUUAUUUUCUUCACUCGCCUAGUUUGAAUAAAACGAUGGACAGCAACGUUUGCGGGGAAACAGAACAGCGAGCGUGAUGCCGAUCAACGGUAACGCGUUGGCCAAGUACUUGGUCAUGGUGUCGCAGGUGAUCGCUUGGUGUACGGUUAGCGCAAUGCUGUUGCGAAGGGGCCUGAACCAGGUGAACGCCGCCUCGCAGCAACCGCCGGCGUCGUCGUCGUCGUCGUCGUCGUCGUACGGCGGUUCGGGCUCGGCGUUCGGCGACAGCAACGCGACAUCACCAGCGGCCACGGCCACCGGCCACCAUCAGCACGGGACGCCUGCGGUGGUGGAAAAAUCGUUCGACGAAAACGGCGCGCCCGCCGUGGUGGCCGGCGUCGUGAUGAUCGCGAUAGCGGUGAUCAUGUUGAUCAUCAGCCCCACGAUCAUGGUGAUGAAAAUGAUCGAGAAACGCAAGAAGAGGAUCCUAGACACGGAAUUAGAAUCUCCGCCUAAAUACGAAGACGUGGUAGAAAGCGCCCCAAGAUAUUCAUCGUUGUUUGUAUUUAAUAACGAUGGCGAAAUGGCUUUGGUGUCUGAAAAUAUACUACACAAAGAAAAGGAUAAUACUCAAAAACAACUAGUUUGAACACUUCAUGAAUUAAUUUUAUAUUAUAUAUAUAGUCUAGUAGUCUACUUCAAAUUUCCUAUACUGCCUCUACAAUCUACAUCGGUUGGCCUAAACCUACAGAUAGUUUUUCAAAAUAUAUUUAUUUGUGACUUGAUUUGGUGUAUAAACCUUAAGCUAUAAGUUGAAACCCAUACAUGCGAGAAUAUUUUUAAAUUAAAUGAGAUGUAUAUUUUUUUAAUGUGCAA